AUGUGGCAGCCGCUCUGGUUUCAGCUCAACUCGUACAUCGGGAUAUGCUUCACGUACAUCCUGAUGAGUGCCGUGUACUACGGGGACAUCUGGAAGGCCAAGAACUUCCCGUUCAUGAGCCAGGCGAUCUUCGCAGAAGAUGGAAGCGAGUACAACCAGACUGCCCUACUCACCAAUGGCAGGUUUGAUCCCGAGAAGUUCGAAAAGCUCGGUCCAGCGUACUUCUCUGCGACUAAUGCACUUGGACUGGUCACGGCGAACCUCUCCUUAGGCGCACUUUCAAUGAACCCAUGGAAUAAGAGCGUUUUCCUGGUCUAUGACGUCCAUUAUGAGAAGAUGAAGGUAUACAAGCAAAUUCCCCGGUGGUGGUACGUUAUCGUGCUUAUUGGGGCAUACGGCUGUGCCCAAGCGACUUACAUGGUCCCGGGUAAUCCUGUCGCGAACAUGUAUGGCGCGCUGUACGGUGGACAGCCAAUAUCCCAGGGCAUCGGCUUCCUGCAGGAUCUGAAGCUAGGACAGUACGUUAAACUUGCACCUAGGGUAACAUUCUGCAUGCAAAUAACCGGAACUGUCGUCGGCGCUUUAUUGAACUACGUCAUGAUGCUAUCUAUUAUCGAGAACCAGAGGCCUGCCUUACUCUCUAUCUCGGGCACCAGGUUAUGGUCUGGACAGAACGCGCAAUCCUAUAACUCCAAUGCGAUUGCUUGGGGCGCCCUCGCUCCGCACAUGUUCAGUCCUGGCUCGACAUACCAUAUCGUUCCAUUGUCACUGGUUAUCGGGCUCUUCUUGCCGUUGCCGUUCUUUGUUGCGCACCGCAUGUGGCCGAAGGUUGGUUUCAACAACUUUAGCACACCGAUUAUCAUGCUGUACUCUUGCUGGCUUGCGGUCGGCAUCAAUACCCAAGUCAACACGACCAUGGCCAUAGGUGUCUUCAUCCAAUGGUGGGUACGCACGAGGUAUCCGCGCUGGUUCACGAAAUACAACUACAUUGUCGCCGCGGGAUUGGAUGGAGGAACACAAGUCAUCAUGUUUAUUCUCAAUUUGCUCUCUUCGGCGCGUCGGGACAUCGCAUCCAUUCCCCCAAUGGUGGGGCAACGACUACAGCUUGUCCACAGAUCGCUGUGUGCUUCCUCCCAGUGA